CAUCGCUCAGUACGUCGUUUGUCACGAAACGCGAAUUUGAUCGUCCGUCGUCAGUUAGGCUGCGUUGAUCGCCGGGCUCCAUCACAGUGGACAACUUUUUUCGCGCAUCUUGUGCUCAGUGUUUAAGGCCCGCCAAGUCUGUGAGCUGGUUCGCGAAUCGCCAACCUAACCGUCAAUCAUAACAAACGGCCCCGAGUAGGGGAAGUUCGCUUCGUGCGACGAAAGAAAGACUUCUGCAAAGUGGGUAAAUUACCAGCUAUCCAUCCAUCCAUCCAUCCGAAAGGGGGCUUGGAACCAAAACCCAGCGACCACUUUCAUUUUCGUUCGACCAGUUGCCGCGUGCGGAGUAGCGAUCCCGCUGCUCAGGAAACCAAAUACUACACGCGAUCGCCAAGUCACAGUGACGUUCGUCCUCUGUUCGAGCGCUAAAUCAGUGAAAUUUCGAUAAUUUUUCGGCAAGACGAAGUGUGUGUUGCAGAGAGUCCCAAGCGCGCAGUGAGAGGAUAAAGUUCGCGAAAAAGUGUUACGCUUCAAGGUUUUUUUUUCUGUUCAUCGCGAAAGUAUCCUCGUCAUCGCACACCACUGCACCCGGAACAACGUUAGUGUUGACUUAACUCGCGAAGGAAGUGCUGCAAACCAAUUCUGUCACCAUCUGUAAUUAAUCAUUCUCCAUUGUUUACUACUGCUGCUGAAACUGCUGCGAGCUUUGUCUACCAGUUACCAAGCCAGGAGAACGUUCCUGAGUAGCGGUAAUAGGAUUACUUCCUUCUGGUAGAAGGUACAAACUAGGACACGAGCAGCCAAGCACCACCCAAACGAUCCGGUGCGAAAAGCGGAUACAGCGACAAAAUGAAGAUAACUCUCUUACUACUUGUCGCCCUUCCCCUGUUGGUGCUCUCAACGCCAAUCGAUUCCUCAAGUAAUGCCUCCGUGGAAGACAUCGAUAGAUCCGAUGGCACGAGAGCCAAACGUUCCGGUUUAAGUCUUGUUUCCGGUCUCAAAAGCACACUGCUAUCGGGAAUAGGACGAGCGUCGGCCUCGCUAGCAGCUAGCAGCGCCGGAACGGCCUCCUCUAGCAUUGCAAUGCACUCUUCGAGCGGAGGCUCCAGUGGUGGACACUCGUACGAGAAACCGCACUCCUACGAUAGUUCGCACUCCUACGAUAGUCCGCACUCGUACGAGAAGCCUCACGACGAUUCUCACUUCGAUGGCUGGGGCUUGAAAAAGUCAAUCCUCAACACGCUGUUCCAGGCGGUGAAGGCCAUCACCGGUGGCGUAACGAUCCUGAAGGGUCAACUAAUCAAGGGUUCGGGCUACGCGGUCAGCGGUGUCGGCAAGUUGAUCGCUGCCGGUGGCGAUUCCGUUUCGAACGUUGGCAAAAAGAUUACAACAUCGGCCCACCUGGUACCGGCUUCCCAUUCCGCGGCAGUGCAUCCAUUCGCCAAAUUGAGUGGCGCGCUGUCGUCUGGUUCUGCCGGUUUGAUCUCCGGCGCGUCGUCAUCCUCGUCGGGCAAGUCAUCGUCGUCUGGACACCACACUGGACCAUCAAGUGAAAGUUUUACUAGCUAUGACGCUCCUUCCAAUUACGGCCACGACUCGCACAGUCACGUAAGUGCCCCUUCAAGUGCUGCUUAUAUUCCACCGAAACAAACGAUUCACUACAAAUCGCCGUUGACCUCCUACGGAACAGAGAUUGAAGCAUACCCAUCAGCACCACACUAUCUGCCGCCUAGUAAGGCCAAUGUCGUGGAAGCGUCGGAUGUGUUGCGGCAAAUUCUGAAUAAAAAAGCUCCCCAGUUGGGCCACAGCUACAGCAGUUACCAGCAGUCGACGGGACCAGUCAAGUACGAGAAGAAGAUCGUAACCCAACAUGCUAUCCCUGCCGAAUCCUAUCCUCCACCAUUCAAGCCACUGAACACCAACAAUUACCUGCCCCCGCUGUAUGGCAUUCCCCACGGUCCUGUCGAGUCCGUCACCCAUUCCCAGUCGAUUACCACCUCCUUUGGCGCUCCCUACAACUCACCCCACGUGGAAGAAGUUGAACAGCCCCAGUACCCACCUUCCUACGAUAUCUACCAUUCCAUGAGCGUCAAAAUGGCCGGUAAGAAUGAAAAACUCGUUCACCAAUCACACUCCAACUAUCCCGACCCCAGGUCAAAGAAACCCUACGGUAGCGCCUCGACCCACCCACAUACCCAUUCCGUGUCUCCUUAUCUUUCCCCUCCCAAGCCGACAGCACUGACUUACGACCAAAAGCACCUUCAGCACGUGGACGACGAAGAAAUCCAUCAACAACAACUCCACGACUUGAGCUCAAAGUACGGACCCGCUAUUGAGGUGCAAAAAUCACUGACAUACGAACUUAGCGACCAAGUCGACGUCUCCAACCUGGCAGCUUCCAUCCACGACUUGAGUCGGCGACGAUCAGACAAUAGCAAACAGCUCAAACGAAGUGACAAACCAUCGGACAGCAGUAACGGUGACCGCGACCCCAAGACAGCCACCACCAAGACGUAAUGACUGGACCGAGUACUGUGUAUUACGAUCAAGGGGGUACUCCCAAGUUGGGCGCCAAAAAUUCAGAUAACGAUAACUAUGCCAAAAUUGUCGUAGCUUAAGUCAUCCCAACUGCUGCCAACCAGUGUGAGCAAACGAAAAAUACGUCAAUCAAUUCAGGAAAAGAGAUUUCAUACCCAUCCAAAACAGAAAUCGCAGAAAUACUCACCACUUCUUAAAAACAUAUCGCUACAAUUUGAAACUGCUCAAUCGAUAGGCUAUGGUAAUAUUUACCGUUUGUUAGUAUAUUCAUAAUCAUUUUGUUGUUUGACAUGCAAUCAUCAAUAGGAGAUUUAAUUCUGCCAGUAAGUAAACGAAAAUUUGACAAAAGAAAGUAUUUGGACUGAAAAGCGAACAUUUCUCUCUACUCCCAUAUGGGACGCCAACAACGGUGCGUCUGUCGUUGUUCGGCGCACUGGAAGUAGAGUUAAGUGAUAGAUGAUGAAAUUUCUUUCAAUUUUACAUGACUUUUAAAUUAGUGAAUGGAUUGGAACGUGUAGAGUUUGUAUAGGUUUAGCUAUUUAAUUAUUCCGUUUAGGUGUAAGCUAGAUGUUUUCCUUUUACUUUCAUUCCAUUGUUAACCAUUUGAUGGUUUUAGAGGUGCUACAAAUGUAGGUAGUCAAACCAGUGUUAGAUGUUUUCCUUUCUGUAUUUAUUGUCUUUUGAUGUUGAGCCUAUGUUUGGUACCAUCUAAUAAAUAAAUAGGAAUGAUUAAAUAAACUA